CGCGAGAGCGUGUUCGUCAGUGCCAAGUUGCGCCCCGACGAGCACGCUAACGUUGAAGGCGCGCUCGCGACGAUUCUCGCCGCGUUGGGAACGGAUUAUUUGGAUUUGUUCUCCAUCGAGUGGCCGGUGCAGCACAAGGCUGGAACCACCGAAGUGGACUCCGAAGGAAGUUUGGAAGCGACGUGGACCGCGAUGGAGAAUUGCGUGGCGGCUGGCAAAGUGAAAGCGCUCGGCGUCGCCAACUUUUCGGUGCCCGCGGUGGAGCGUUUGAUGAAGCACUGUACCGUAAAACCUGCGGUCAAUGAGGUCGAGUUACACCCACUUUUGGCGCAGCGCAAGCUUGUCGGCGUCUGUCGACGAUAUGGUCUCACGGUCGUCGCCCAUACUUCGCUCGCAAACGGUGACGAGCAACUCACCAAGCACGCCAAGCUCGUCGAAGCGUGCGCCGACGCCAAGAACCCUCAGAGCGCCGAAGCUCUGCUCACGCGUUGGUCCAUUCAGCGCGGUGUGCCGUGCAUCAUUAAUGCCACUUCACCGGUCGCACUCGCGGAAUGUUUGAAGGCUCGCACGUUCAGAUUAACGAACAAGCAAAAAGUACUUCUCGACGACAUCGAACCGAGCCCGAAACUCGGUGGCGUUCGAUUCCACCAC